AAAAAGCUUACAAAAUGGCCACCGUAAACGUCAACCGCAGUGUGACGGACAUCUUUUAUCGCUAUAAGAUGCCACGUCUGCAGGCAAAGGUAGAAGGCAAGGGCAACGGCAUCAAGACCGUUCUCGUUAACAUGGCUGAAGUGGCUCGGGCCAUAGGUCGACCGGCUACCUAUCCGACCAAGUACUUUGGAUGCGAGCUAGGCGCCCAGACUCUGUUUGAUCAUAAGAACGAGCGCUUUGUUGUGAAUGGAUCGCACGAUGUCAACAAGCUCCAAGAUUUAUUGGAUGGCUUUAUUCGCAAGUUCGUGUUGUGUCCCGAAUGCGACAACCCGGAGACCAAUCUGACUGUAUCUGCCAAGAACCAGACUAUCUCGCAGUCAUGCAAGGCAUGUGGCUUCCAUGGCCUGCUGAAGGUCAACCACAAAGUGAACACGUUCAUUGUGAAAAAUCCUCCAUCGCUUAAUCCGGCCGCCCAAGGAUCGUCCCUUACUGAGGGCAAACGUGCCAAGAAGCAGAAGCAAAAGAACGAUAACUCCGAUGGAUCCAUAUCGAACAACUCUUUGGCCAACAACUCCGGCGGGGAGUCGGAUGGCGGCAAUGGAACCAACCAGGCUAUUCAAACCGAAGCGGAAAUAAGCGCUGCCAUUCCGGAGAAAAACAAAGAGGAGGACGAUGAAGGAUGGAGCGUCGAUGUUUCGAAGGAGGCUAUACGUGCUCGUUUGCAAGAUCUGACAGAUGGUGCUAAGGGCAUGACUAUUUCCGAUGACUAUGAUAAAACUGAAAAGGAGCGCAUUGAUAUUUUCUAUGAAUUAGUGAAGGAUAAGCGGGACAAGAAGCAAUUAGAUGAUAAAGCAAUUCAUAAGGAACUGUUCAUCGAAGCUGAUCGUUUGGAUAUUCUUAACAAGGCUCCACUGGUCCUUGCUGAGCUGCUUUUUACUGAAAACAUCAUCAAGGAUGUGCAUAAAAACCGUAACUUGCUUCUUCGCUUCACGCUUAAUAAUACAAAAGCACAGCGAUAUUUAAUUGGCGGAGUUGAGCAAACAGUUGAGCUACAUACAAGUACUCUAAUGAGCAAGGUGGCUGGAAUCUUUAAAAUAUUAUAUGAUUUGGACAUACUCGAGGAAAAGGUCAUACUGGAGUGGGCACAGAAAGUCAGCAAACGACAUGUCUCCAAGAAAAUUGCUGCUGAAAUACACGAAAAAGUGAUGCCGUUCGUCCAGUGGCUUAAAAAUGCCGAGGAAGAAUCCGAAUCCUCUGAGGAGGAGGAUGAGGAGGAAUUUGUCGAAUCUGAUGAAUCUGAUAAAGAAGCAAUGCGAAGGGACAAAUACCGUGUUAACCCCAUCCAGGCGGAGCCAGAGGAAGACGCUAUCAACAUUGAUGACAUCUAAAUGAAGCUGCUUCCCUUCCGGAGUAUUUUGGAAAAGUAAAAUCAAACAAACGCAAUCUGCAAAUUCAAACUGAAAUAUAAAUUAGCGAGUUAAAUCAUCAAGUGGUUUUUUGAUUUUUAGUUUCUACGAGUGCUCAUUGUAAAAUCCAUUAAGCACCCGGUAGCUUUACUUUGAUUUAUCGCUUUACUACCAAUCAAUUGUUAGCAAUACAUUACCCAAGUCGCUGUAACAAUAGACGAUAACUGAACUUAAUUACACCAACAUAUAUAUUACAAAAUAAAGGAAAAAUGCAAACGCACUGUAAUUUUGUCGCUUUGCAAAGGUUUUAUUUAAA